UCAAAUUUCAAUUACACGAGCCGAGGCCAUCCCCAGCCGACCAAAAUCGUAGGCGUCAGAAUCCUCAGUCUCUCUCUCUCUCCCUCUCUCUAUCUCAAUAAAGCCCCACUCCUCCCAACGCACCUCCUCCCCUCCUCGCUCUCCGUUUUCCAAAUUUUUGUCUCUUUCUCCCGUCCAAAACCCUGAAUUCGCCUGAACCCAUCAGCCCCUACACACUCAAUUAUCCCACCGUGAGUGUAAAAUGUCGUCGGAUGCCGGGGAACGGCGACCGCCGAGAUCCCAAUCCAUGGGAGGCGCCCACCCGCCGGAGCCGGAGCACCUCCCCUGCCCGCGCUGCGACUCCACCAACACCAAGUUCUGCUACUACAACAACUACAACCUCUCCCAGCCCCGCCACUUCUGCAAGGCUUGCCGCCGGUACUGGACCCAGGGCGGCACCCUCCGCAACAUCCCCAUCGGCGGCGGAACCCGAAAGAACUCCAAGCGUUCUCGCCCUACCACCACCGCCGCCGCCUCCAGUAAUUGUGCCAGUACCGGCGCAGCCACUUGUGGUUCAGCGACCCGCGACCCGGUACCCGCACCCGCCUCCGCGGUCGCGAUGCCUCCGUUGGUCAAGCCGGAGAUGUCCGUGCCGAGCGAUGCAAGCCUAAACGGGAACGUUCCUGGGAGCUUUACUUCGUUACUGAACACGCAGGGUUCGGGGUUCUUGGCUCUGGGCGGGAUGGGUCUUGGGGUUGGGCCCGGGUUCGACGACACCGGAUUCGGGUUGGGACGCGGAUUCUGGCAGUUCCCGGAGAUGGGCGAAGGCGUUGUCGGCGAUCACGGAAGCGCGGGUGCCGUAGCAGGCGGCGGCGCCUCCGGUUACGGCGCCUCUGCGAUUCCACCUUCUGCUUGCAACUCGUGGCAGUUAACAGGGGUUGAAAGCGGGUUCGGCGACGGCGAUUGCUUUUCUUGGCCGGACCUCGCCAUUUCCACGGCAGGCAAAGGUUUGAAGUGAUCGAUCGAUAGCAAGCUUUCCCUUUCGCAGGAAAAGCUUCUCUCCUUCCCUUCCCGUAUUUUCCCUGCUGGGUUUUUGUAUCCUGUUAGUGGGGUACUGUCAUCAGUCAUAUGUUGGGGUUUAAGCUCUCGCUCUCUCUCUCUCUCUCUCUGUGUCUGGUGUUUGUGGGUUUUUGUUUUUGGGGGCAUGGGUAUAGGGUGGUGGGUCUAAAAGAGACCAUAGUUUUUUUUUUUUUUUUUAACAAUGAGAGAUUUACUCAACUGGGAAAGAGGGUCUGCCAAUUUGGUAGUCAGAUCAGUGUGUUGAAGAUUUAGGGUUUUGUUUUCAUGUUUCUGUAUAUGUCUGUGUUUGCCUUGAACACAUGAUCUUUCUGCAAAACAAAGUGCAGAAAGAAAAUGACCAGUUUUCUUUUUGGGAA